CUCCUAUACCACCUUCAAGAGCCCCUCAAACCAACGAAAGUAUGGCUAUUGUCAAGUGCACCAACCAAGCCUGCGAGAAAGAGUUUGACGAGGAGAAGAAGGAGGAGGGGACUUGUGCUUAUCAUCCCGGAGGACCUGUUUUUCAUGAGGGUUUAAAGUCAUGGUCGUGUUGCAAAGACACCAACAAGCCUGUGCUCGAGUUUGACGCCUUCAUGAAGCUCCCACCUUGUACAACCGGUACCCACACAUCCGCCCCUCGCGCCGCACCUUCCGCCCCCGCCCAAAAGCCAGACACUGCCAACUCCGCCCCCGCUAUGACGAGCUCCAAGGACGGUGUCGAGACGUACGGCUCCGGCCCUAAAGCAGUUGACCAGGCGCCUGUUCUCCCCGUCCCUGCGCCUGCGCCCGCCCCUGCCCCUGCCCCUGCAGCGGCCAUAGUGGGAGGUGAGAAGAAGGGAGCGGCAGAGGAGAAGAAGGAAGUGAAAGAGGAGGAGGAUGACCUUUCGUUGCCCGUGCCCGAAGGUGCGAGGUGUAGAAGGACGGCUUGUGGGGCCGCUUGGGAGGGGGAGGAGGUUUCGAGAGGGGAGGGGGAGAAGGCUACUUGUCGGUACCAUCCCCAAUCUGCGGUCUUCCAUGAAGGAUCGAAAGGGUACCUGUGCUGCAAGCGGAGGGUGUUGGAGUUUGACGAGUUCAUCAAGAUUAAGGGCUGUAAGGAGGGCAAGCACCUUUUUGUGGGCCAGAAAAAGGACGAGACCAAGGAAGAAUUCGUAGACUGUAGAGUCGAUCACUAUCAGACACCUACACAAGUGCACGUAUCUGCAUUUGCCAAAAACGCCGACAAGCAGCUGUCCAAAGUCACAUUCACCGACACGACCCUUCACCUCUCGCUCCAUCUCCCCUCCCUCCGCCGUAUCGAAAAGACCAUCACCCUGUACGGCCCCAUCUCCCCUGCCGACUCGUCCUACCGCAUCCUCGGCACCAAGGUUGAGAUCACCCUCACAAAGCCCAAAGCCGCGAGCUGGCCAGUGUUGGAGCUGCCCCCGGCGGGUACAGAGCUGCCGCCUGGGUAUGCACUGACUUUCGGGGUGAGGGGCAGGACGGGAACGGUAGGCGGGAAAGAGAUCGUUCUAGCGGAAGAAGAGGUCGGGAAGAGGGCCUAGUGCAGUGAAGCCGGUGGCCGGUGGAGCCGGGUGGACGGGAAGAGUGGAGGUUUGGGGUGGAGGUAUAACGAUGACAAGCAUGGAAGAGUGAAGCGGACAUGGAAUGCAAUCUCAUCCCUCUGAAGCGGACACGAGCAACAAGGGUCGAGGUGUAAACAUAGGGAUGUGUACGACAUGAUGCCCCUUUUUGUAAGGGUAGAGUCGGAGAGCCUGCAGGACACAUGAUGUACCGAAAGAGUAUGUCGCCCGAAAAAUGGGGUGAGUCGAAUGAGUGACGGGAGUGUGACGGUGUUCAGGCCAAGCGAGUGAAAGAGACAAAGCCGACCGCAAAGAAGAGAUGAGAUCUCUUUUUGCACAAGAUUCCAGUAAAAGGAGUAAGGUUAAGCGAAGAUUGAUCAAAAAAAAAGUAUACGUACUCUUUGUGGUAAGAGUUACUCACCCGAAGAACCCAUGCGUCAGAUUCCGACAGAACAGAGAUC